AUGGCCGAUAACGAAGAGAGCAUACAAAUCGCCGACUCCGGUGAGGGCGACGUCGAAAUGGGUACGGCCGAAGAAGGGCACGAAGUGGAAGACGACACUCAAGAACAGCAAGAAGGAGAGGGCAACGUUACCAAUGAGCAAAACGGAGAUUCUGCCGUCACAACCAGAAAUCCUCGGACCGUCUUUCUCGACUAUUUGAAAUCGCCGAUUGUGCAUCUCGUUGUGGGGUCUGGAGAUGACGAGACGACUUUGACCGCCCACAAGGCCAUCCUUGAGGAGUCGCCGUUUUUCCAGGAGAAGCUGUCGGGUCUCGACGACGAAGACCUCCGUAUCGACCUCCACGAAGAAUCGCUAGAUGCAAUGGUUUGUUUUCUGCAAUAUCAGUACACCGGCGAGUACUUCCCCCGGCGCUUGGCGAACGACAGUCUCGAAAGCGACCCUUCUAUGCCCCCGAUCGACAACACUGGCGAGCAGUUACUGCGACACGCGCGCGUGUACACCCUGGCUGGCAAACUCGGCAUGCCGGCCCUCAAGACGCUCGCCCACGCCAAGAUUCAUCUUAUCAAUUCCACCGCGGUUGGGGAAAUCGCAUAUGCAAGAUUUGUGUACGGAAACACCCCGCCGGACGAUGUCAUCAUUCGCAAACCAGUGGCGGCAUUCUGGGCAACACGAUCACACGUUCUGCGACACGAAGCCGAAGCGGAGUUCAAGGCCAUGUGCUUGGAGUAUCCGCAAUUUGGUUUCGACGUUUUGAGUCUGGUGCUGGACCAGCGGGAGAAGCGAGUGAGAGAGCGCGAAGAGCACGGCACACCAGGUGGCACCCGGGGCCGGAAGAGAAUGCGACCCAGCGUCAACAUCUGA